CUGUAGGCCAUCUUCAUAGCACACUUUUAUGUUUUCAUCUCAAGAAGGAGGAUUUAAAAAGCUAGUGAGGUGAGCAGCUAUGUAUGGAAAGCACUAUGAAGUGCAAAGUGUCUCCAGAACUGAAUAAUACCGGAGGAGGAAAAAGAAUUGACAAUGCUAUUCAGUACUAUAUUCACACACAAUUCAUUUAUUUAUGUGCAUUUCAUUUUUUCUUGGUUGGGCUCUUGAAACAUCUAAAUCAACGUGAUUAAUAAACGCAGACACAAGUGGACGUCAGUGUUUUGUAUAGUAACAGAAAAAAAGAAUGUAACAAACUUCCUGCUGACAGGUGUUGGAUGUCGUAACAGAGCUGUUUUAUGAGGAGCCUCUUCCCUUUUCCUAUUUAACUAUGAUUUUACUUAGCUAAAUGCUGCUUCUUAACCCAUUCAUUUUGGACUUGCUCGAGAGCGCCCUCUAGCGUUUGAUCAACCCGGAAGACUUUGCGGAGAGGUAAUUCCCCUCUCUAGAAGUUCUCUGGUAGUAAUGAGCAACGCUCGUACAAAGUCGUUGGGUCCACAGCGACUCUAAAUGUUUUUUGGUAUUGGUAGUUUUUGUUUUACCUUGUACUUUUGUACUUCUGCUCAAGUUGAACAUGGCGCUUGUCGCUUCCUCAUUGUGAGCCAAUCACCUCGCGUGCCCCCUGUCACGCAAUUUUGCCGGGAAAACGGAAAUCGCGCGCUGGGGGGACGUUCAGUGCGCGAAUGCAGCCGAAGUGGCGGGAGAUUCAGUCCGGAUAAAGAACUGCUAAAGAUGGAUAUUAAGAGACGGAAUGGCGGGCCUAUGUCAGGUGGAGCCUCCCAGGCUAAGAGGGGAAAAAUGGGUACUGAGUGGGAGGAUGGCCCAUCCCAGUUUGAGGAAGAGCUUGCCCUAUUUGAUGAUAUGGACAUGGAGGCGGAGUCAGGGGAAGGGCAGGCGGGUCAUGAUGUAAUACCAGUGGGUGAAUUGUUUUCUGCUGAUCUAAACCCUCGCUGGCGUCGGCCUACUGCGCCUCCACUCCAGCCUGACAAAGACACACUCAUCUUCCAGCAGAUAGACUUGGACUAUUACCUGGGCUCUGCGGUGGCUGGGAUGCCAGGACAGGUCCAGGGGAAGGUUCCAGUGGUCCGUAUGUUUGGAGUGACUGACAGUGGCAACAGUGUCUGCUGUCAUGUGCAUGGAUUUGCACCUUAUUUCUAUGUCCCUGCUCCAGCUGGCUUUACUCAUUCUCACCUGGUUGAGUUUCAGAAGGAGCUGAAUUCAGCUGUGUUGAAGGACAUGCGCUCCAAUAAAGACAACAUAUCAGUCACUGUUCUGGCGGUGGAUCUUACCCGCAAAGAAAGUAUGUACGGUUACCAUGGAAACCAUCCUUUGGCCUUCCUGCGGAUCACCAUGGCGAUGCCACGUCUGGUUGCUCCUGCGAAACGUAUCCUGGAACAGGGCUUCAAGUUUGCAAACUUCUCCAUCCAGAGCUACUCUGCCUAUGAGGCCAACAUUGACUUUGAGAUCAGGUUCAUGGUAGACAGUGAUGUGGUGGGCUGCUGCUGGAUUGAGCUGCCUAAAGGGAAGUACAAACUGAGGGAGGAGAAAAAUGCUAAAGGGACGGACUCGGACACUCCGGGCAAGGUUUCUCUGUGUCAGUAUGAGGUGGAUGUGGGCUGGACAGAUUUGAUCAGUCACCCAGCGGAGGGAGACUGGCAGAGAAUUGCGCCUCUCAGGGUUCUCAGCUUUGACAUUGAGUGUGCUGGCAGGAAAGGUGUGUUUCCAGAGGCUGAGGUGGACCCUGUGAUUCAAAUUGCCUCUAUGGUGCAGCGUCAAGGAGAGAAGGAGCCCUUUAUCCGUACUGUUUUUACUUUACAGAGCUGUGCUAGUAUAGUGGGUUCUCAGAUUCUCUGCUUCACUCAAGAGAAGCAACUACUACAGAGCUGGGCAGAGUUUGUGAGGACAGUAGAUCCUGAUAUCAUUACAGGAUACAAUAUUCAAAACUUUGACCUGCCGUAUCUACUGAACAGAGCUGCCGCUCUGAAGGUAAAUUUCUUCCCCUAUCUGGGUCGAGUAAGGGGCAUUAAGUCUGUUCUGAAGGACUCCAGCUUCCAGAGCAAGCAGAUGGGUCGCCGAGAAAACAAAACUGUCAACAUGGAGGGAAGAGUGCAGUUUGACCUUUUGCAGGUACUGUUGAGGGACUAUAAACUGCGCUCAUAUACUCUCAACGCUGUCAGCUUUCACUUCCUGCAGGAGCAGAAAGAGGAUGUUCAGCACUCCAUCAUCACUGACCUACAGAAUGGGAAUGAGCAGACGAGGCGGCGUUUGGCAGUUUACUGUCUGAAGGAUGCAUACUUGCCACUGCGCUUGCUGCAGAAAUUGAUGUGUGUAAUUAACUACAUGGAGAUGGCCAGAGUGACUGGUGUGCCUCUUACCUACCUGCUGUCCCGUGGCCAGCAGAUUAAAGUAGUGUCACAGCUACUGCGACAGGCUAUGAAGCAGGACUUGGUUAUGCCAGUAGUCAAGACAGAGGGAGGGGAAGAUUACACUGGAGCCACGGUCAUUGAACCAGAGAAAGGGUACUACAGCGUUCCUAUAGCCACUCUGGAUUUCUCCUCACUGUACCCAUCAAUUAUGAUGGCUCAUAAUCUCUGCUACACUACCUUGCUACAGAAGGGACAGGUGGACAAACUGGGUCUCUCUGCAGAGGACUUCAUUAAGACUCCUACAGGAGAUCUGUUUGUUAAAAGCUCGGUGAGGAAAGGCCUUCUGCCUGAGAUCCUGGAGAACCUACUGAGUGCCAGGAAGAGGGCGAAGGCUGAGCUGAAGAAAGAGACUGACCCGUUUAAGAAGCAGGUGCUGGACGGCAGGCAGCUUGCUCUGAAGAUUAGCGCAAACUCUGUGUAUGGUUUCACUGGGGCACAAGUGGGCAAACUGCCCUGCCUGGAAAUCUCACAGAGCGUAACGGGCUUUGGCAGACAAAUGAUUGAACAGACUAAACAACUUGUGGAAUCCAAGUACACCAUUGCUAACGGAUAUCAGGCGGAUGCCAAGGUCGUCUAUGGUGACACAGACUCUGUCAUGGUGAAACUGGGUGUGGACACAGUACAGGAAGCAAUGACUCUGGGAAAGGAGGCAGCUGACUGGGUGUCCUCUCACUUUAUUCCACCAAUUAAACUAGAGUUUGAGAAGGUGUACUACCCCUACCUGCUGAUCAAUAAGAAGAGGUAUGCCGGGCUGUAUUUCUCAUCCAGUGCAGAACAUCAUGAUAAAAUGGACUGUAAGGGGAUAGAAACUGUCAGGCGAGACAAUUGCCCCCUAGUGGCCAACCUCAUCAACACAUGCCUCCAAAAGAUCCUCAUAGAGAGAGAUCCUGAUGGAGCUGUAGGCCAUGCGAAAGAGGUGAUCUCAGAUCUACUAUGUAACCGGAUUGACAUCAGUCAGCUGGUCAUUACCAAGGAACUGACACGCACAGCGCAGGAGUAUGCAGGCAAACAGGCCCAUGUCGAACUCGCUGAGAGGAUGCGCAAGCGAGAUGCAGGCAGUGCUCCUAAUCUUGGCGAUCGAGUUCCAUACGUCAUCAUUAAGGCAGCCAAAGGAGUAGCAGCAUAUAUGAAGUCAGAGGACCCCAUUUAUGUGCUGGAGAACAACAUACCUAUUGACACCCAGUACUACCUGGAGCAGCAGCUGUCUAAACCUCUACUGCGCAUCUUUGAGCCCAUACUGGGAGAGACUAAGGCUGAGAGUGUAUUACUCAAGGGAGAUCACACGCGCUGUAAGACUGUUCUGACCUCCAGGGUGGGUGGCCUCAUGGCCUUUGCCCAGAAACGUAGCACAUGCAUCGGCUGCAGAGCUGUUCUCAAAACAGAUGCUGCUGUCUGUGAUUUCUGCAAGAAGAAAGAGUCAGAGCUCUAUCAAAAAGAGAUUGCUCAUCUGUCAGCUCUGGAGGAGAAAUUCUCUCGGCUGUGGACUCAGUGUCAGCGCUGCCAAGGAUCCCUGCAUGAAGAUGUGCUAUGUACUAGCCGAGACUGUCCCAUAUUCUACAUGAGGAAGAAGGUUCAGAAAGACCUCGGCGAUCAAGAGAAGCUUGUGUCUCGUUUUGGCUGGUGAGGGAAAUCUAGGCAUUCCCUUAGUCUUGCUCUGCUCCAUUCUGAGAGGGUGGGUUUUUUGUGUACCAAUUUGUAAAAAAAAAAAAAAAGUCAAAUGCCUUUUUUUAUACUGAAAAUAAAUAAAAUUGAAGUUUUUGUAAAUGCUACAUUUUGUUUUUUUUCUCUGAACUUCUCUACAAUUUUAAACACUUAACGUCACCCUGAAAAGGAGCACUAGCUGAAAACCUAAAAUGUGUAAUUGAUACAUCACUUGGUUCUGUUUCAAUGGUUUUAGCAUCUGUUACCUGAUUAUGUGUACGCUAAGCUGUCAGUUUAUUAGGCAUUAUAGUGCACAUUU